UUGUUUAGAGACCCGGGGCUCCCCGCGGGGGUGGCUCCUGCCGCCCUUCCCACGGCUGGAUGGCGGGGGUGCCGGGCGGCUCUUUGUUCCUGCCGAGUGCGUGUGCGCGGCGCUCGGGCUGCCCGAGUGGGAGGGGAUCCCGCCCGCGCCCUCGCCGCCGUUAACGGGAGGCGCAGGAGCGGCGGCGGCGGAGCGGGGGUGGGCGGGCAGCGCAGCACUGCAGGGCCGGUUCGGGCCCCCAGCGCUGCGAGCGGCGCUCCCCGGCGCUCCCGCCUCCCCCGGGGGCCGGGCGCUGCCCUCCGGCGGCGCGGCGGAGCAGGUGCCGGCGGCGGCAGCGGGCCGGCAGGAUGGAGGCUGCCUUAUUGAAGCCGGCGAUGAUGGCGGAGGUGAAAGGGAGCGGCGCCGGCCCGGGCGUGAGCGCCGAGCUGGAGGUGAAGAAGCUGCAGGAGCUGGUGCGGAAGCUGGAGAAGCAGAACGAGCAGCUCCGGAGCCGCGCCGCCGCCGCCGCCGUGGCCAGCGGCCCGCCCAGCCCGCACCUGCUGCUGGCCCCGCCGCCGGCCCCCGGCGGGCUGCGCCCCGCCAGCCCCUCCGCCCCGGCCGCGCCGUGCAUGCCUAGCCCGGUGCCCACCCUGCUGUGCCCGCCGGAGCCCCUCGCCUACUUCAAGCCUUCGCCCGGCCUCGCCGCCGCCGGCAGCGCGCAGGAAGGCGGCGGCGGUCCGGGGGCGGCGGCCACGGUGCUGGACGAGGUGGCGGUGCUGGAGUUGGAGGACGGCUGCGGAGAGGACGAAGACACCUGGUUAUACGUCUUGCCUACUAAGACUCACACUUCUCAAGAGAAAUCACUGAGUCCUCUGCAGUGGUGCAGGCAUGUUCUGGAUCAUCCAACUCCUGAGAUAGAGGCUGCAAAACGUUCCCUAUGCUUUCGACUGGAGCAAGGUAAUUUUAUUCUUUGA